CCAAUUAGCAAUUGCAUUGAUAUGACAACAAAACUUUCUGUUCUGAAAGCUGAAAGCUCACAAAACACGCUCAUUUUCAUUAUUUUUACUUCAUAGUUUUUGUUUAAAGUUGAAUUUGAACGCGGAUUUCGACUGUUGAGUGAUAAGAUAUUUUGAGAUUUAAUAAAUAAUGUGUUCGGAAAAAUAAAAUCAGCGUUACUUUCGAGUGCACGAUAAGAACUGAAAGUGCGCCGUGAUCGGAAAUGCUCCUAUGAAGAUAUCAUCAUUCUUGUCUUACGUUUUUCAGUGAAUUCAAUCAUCUUGUCAACAACUAAUAAUGGAAAGUGUCGCCUGCAUCGAAAAGGAAAAUCCAGAUAAAUAUAAGAAAAAACCUGAUUCCUACUCUAGGGUAUCGGUCUCUUCAGAUACCUCCAACUCUGCUGAUAUUGGCGAUGUUGAGUCGAAGAAAAAUGUCGCGCUCGUUAUUCACAACGAUGAAAAUCAUCUCAUCUCGAGCAGCCAUAACAAUAAGAAAACCUACGAUCAAACCAAUAACAUCUCGAACAGCGUUGAUUUGAAUGAAAUAAAAUGUGAGAUUAAUAACGUAGGCCACGACGAACCGUCAACGUCUGGCAUCAGCAAAGAACUAGCAUCAAAACUGACAGUUUUAAAACUACCAAAAUCGGAGUUAGAUACUAGCGAAGAUGAAGAUCACUCGCAUUAUGAAACAUUGGUUUCACAAAAUUUCACCGAUGUGGCUGUAACUAGAGAACGACCUUCAAGUUUACCAUUUCAUAAAGGUAAACGUCGCGUUUUAAAAAUAUCACCUGAAGACAUAUCGAGUCCAGACAGUCCCAUGAGUGACGAAGAAAUGAAUAAAUAUUUCAGUCCAGACACAGAUUCGCAAGAUGAAAUGGAAAAUUCUAUUUUAGAACAGUUACACAAUAAAAUUCCCGAAUUAACUGUGGAAGAAGAAAGAGCUGAUAUGAAAAGCUGGAAAGCUUGCACCAUUGGAGGAAUCAAGAGGCAGAUUGAUAUGAAAGUAAUUGAGCCUUAUAAAAGAGUUUUAUCUCAUGGCGGUUAUCUGACGACCGGUUCUCAUAACGCCAUUAUAACUUUCAGCGCUUGUUUUCUACCUCAUAAAAGUCGUGUUGAUUAUAAUUACGUGAUGGAUAAUUUAUUUUUUUACGUUUUAUACACUCUGAAUCAGCUGGUAACCGAUGAUUAUGUGUUAGUAUAUCUGCACGGAGGUACGCCUAAAGAUUGCAUUCCUAAAUUUUCUUGGCUUAAGAGGUGCUAUCAGAUGAUCGAUAGGAAAUUGAAAAAAAAUCUAAAAGCUUUAUAUUUAGUACAUCCUACUUUCUGGCUGAAAACUCUAGUCUACAUGAUUAAACCUUUUAUUAGUUCAAAAUUCAGCCAUAAAAUGCAUUUUAUUCAUAGUCUCGCCGAGCUCUACGAUACUUUACCUAUUGAAGAAGCCAGUAUACCAGAUAAAGUUAAGCAAUAUGAUAGAAUUAAGUUGAGCUUGCGGCGUAAAGAGCAAUAAUUAACUAACAGGGUUUUUUUUUAUUCCAUGCAUAAUUAUUUAUACGUUUACUUUAAUUUAUUUAUCGAAUUAUAGUAUUUAUGUAAGUCGUUAAUAAGAUAAAUUUCAUAAUGCCGAGCACCUUAUUUAUACUUAGCUAAAGAAGUUUUGAAUGGUUCGGAAUUUGUGCUAAAAAGAAAACUAAAAAAAAAAAAAACAGUCAUUGCUUUCAACAUUUGCUCUACUCUUAUUAGUUCUAAAUGUGGUUGUUUUAAUCGCGUUGGAGCAUUAUUUUCCAAUAAUUUUAGUUAUAUAGGUACGUGUGUGCUCUCUAAAAUUAAAUUCACAGAUUAUAUCCUUUAUAAAUGAGUGUGAUGUAGGAAAUACCUUAGUUGAAUUUUUUAUAAAUGUAAGUACAUAAUUUGAAAUAAUUGAAUUUAUCGUUCACCUGAUGGAAAUUUUUCUAUGUACAUUCCAUAAUUUUUAUCCGGUUUUAUUACGGUUUUUAUUUCGUUUAUUUUUGUUUGUUACAUUCUUUUUAUCGUUUUAUUUAUUUUACUUUUAAUUACUUUUCCUGUACCUUUUUGUGUUUUCGUAUUUCAGUUUAUCGUUUCAUGUUUUUCCUAACUAAUCAUCAUAGACUGAUUCUUUUUUUUAAAAUUGCAUUUUAAUUUAUUCGUCAAAAUUACAAUCAUUGAUACAACAAAAUUCGAAUCUCAAGAUAUGUAUAGUUACCUUCAUUCUAUUCCCUAUCAUGCUGCAUUCCUAAUUUUUAUACUUUGAAUAUGUAAAAAUAUGAUUGAUUUAAUACAUAUUUUCAUUAAAAAUGUCCUUUUUACAAAAUACGUAUAGGAUAUGUCUAUAUUGUCUAUGUUUUGUCGUAAAAACAGGUUACAUUGCGUUGUAGCCUAUAUCAUGCUGAAUGAAGAGGAAUAUACAUGAGCCAUAUUUAAUAUGCCAUAAAUACUUACCUACCUACUAUGAAAAUAUUUCUAUUGUAUCGAAGACUUAUAUUUUCUAAGUUAGCAGCUAACUAAUACAUUGUCUUGAAUUAAUAAAGUGAAAUGAAGAACUAAUGCACUCGUUAUGGUAACAUUUUGUAUGAAUAUAUGUACUUGUUUCAGUU